CUCAACUUGGCACGCCGGGUGACAACUUGGCACGCCGGGAGACAACUUGGCACGCCGGAUGACACUCGACUUGACACGCGGAGAGACACAGAGGGGCGCCGAGUGAGAGAAGCGAAUGAGAGGGAGAGCGUGUGAGGAGGAGGAGGAGAGGAGGAAGGGAGAGCGAGUGAGCAGGAGGAGGAGAGGAAGGGAGAGCGAGUGAGGAGGAGAGAGAUGCGAGACACAGACAGCCCGAGGGAGAUUCGGUGAAGACACAACUCGCCAUCGUCGUCUUCAUCUCGACUGCCCACAGAGGAGGAGCGUGCCGCUGGCGGAUGGUGAUGAUGGUGACGAUGGUGACGAUGAUGGAGGAAUUGAAGCGUUUUCUGAUGAUGAUGAUGGUGGUGGUGGUGAUGAUGCUCGCGUCUGCUUCGGAGUCCGGGCGGCUUCUGUCUCUUAACUCUCCUCCCUCUUCAUCUCCCUGACUCCGCCACACUGGGAGAGGCAGAGAGAGAGACGCGGGGAGAGGCAGAGAGAGACGCGGGGAGAGUCGCGGGGAGCGCGGUGGCGUGGACUGAGGAUAACCACAACAACAACAACCACCACCACCACCACGUGGUGGCUAUGAAGACGGCAGGAGUUUAAGGAUGUGACCGGGGAAGUCAAGAGGACAGGACACGUGGGCGGGGAGAGUCGACGUUGACUUCAGCAGCAGUCAAGGCCACGUGGAUUCUACCUCAUCUGUGCACCUCCGAAGAGGACUUCCCCGUCUCUUACCCCGUCUCUUACCCCGUCUCUUACCUCUUACUCCGUCUCUUACCUCGUCUCUUACCCCGUAUCUUACCUCUUACCUUGUCUCUUACCUCGUCUCUUACCUCUAACUCCGUCUCUUACCUCGUCUCUUACCCCGUCUCUUACCUCGUCUCUUACCCCGUCUCUUACUCCGUCUCUUACCUCGUCUCUUGCCUCGCCUCUUACCCCGUCUCUUACCCCAUCUCUUACCCUGACUCUUACCCCGUCUCUUACCUCUUACUCCGUCUCUUACCCCGUCUCUUACCUCUUACCUUGUCUCUUCGUCUCUUACCCCGUCUCUUACCUCUUACCUUGUCUCUUACCUCGUCUCUUACCUCUUACUCCGUCUCUUACCCCGUCUCUUACCCCGACUCUUACUCCAUCUCUUACCUCGUCUCUUACCCUGACUCUUACCCCGACUCUUACCCCAUCUCUUACCUCGUCUCUUACCCUGACUCUUACCCCGUCUCUUACCCCAUCUCUUACCUCGUCUCUUACCCUGACUCUUACCCCGUCUCUUACCUCGUCUCUUACCUCUUACGCCGACUCUUUACCUGUCCACCCGUCCCACCAUCGACCCGCUAAAACCGCCUCGCCCGAGCGCAGCCCCCGACUCGCACGGAGAAGUGUGGAUGCUAAAGAUUUUAAACAUUUAACCUCUUUUGUUUGUUAUCUCCACGACGACGACGAUGGUGGUGGUGGUGGUGGCGGCGGCGACGAUGCACGAGGCCGCGGACAACUCAAACCGCGCGCGCGCGCACACCCUCAGUAUGGUGGCCAGGACCCACGGCAGCAGCAGCAGCGCCAUCCUCGUCCGGGGCCUCCGAGGCCUGCGUCCACUUUGAGAUUCGCCUGUGAGUGGAAGCGCCGGCGCCCAGGGGCAGUUUCAAAAAUGAGCGUCGCCGAUUCGUGGACGUUGGGCCCCAGCCCUCACGAGGCCUGGGUUCAUCAUGGCCAGCCACACGGCACUGAGUACGUCGGCAUCCAACAACAACAACAGCAGCAUCAACAACAGCAACAACAACAGCAGCAGCAGCAGCACGCGUGGGCGAUCGGCGAGGGGCGGCUGCCGGCAGAUUCGUACCCGAGCCCUCUCGCUGCCCCCAACCCUGGUGGUUAUGAGUUCGCCUCCAUGCCCGCGACUUCCUGCGUCAACGCUGAAUAUUUUGGGAUCCAGCCGCAGCCGCAGCAGCAGCAGCAGCAGGGGCCGCUGUUUUCGGGGUACAUGUCGGCUAUCGGUGACCAUUAUGAACCCAUAAUGAACGCUUUUGAAGGGGGUCUUACUGAGCAGCAGCAGCAGCAGCAACAGCAGCAGCAGCAGGGCCUGCUGUUCUCCAGGGGUGGGUCGCAGCCGGGCGGCUACGGCGCGGCGUUCCCCCACGAAUCCUCCGUCUACGACGAGUUUGGCUCCAUCUCCGUCGCGCCGGCCUUCCCGGGGCCCGGUUCGACCCCGGGCCCGGCCGCCAACCAGGCUCAGGGCCCCGGUCCCGGCGCCACCGUGGGUCCGGCAGAGCUGCAGCAGCAGCAGCAGCAGCAACAGCAGCAGCAGCAGCCGCCACCUCCCACCUUUGACAUGAACGAUGCUCAAGGGCAUUUCCCCGCAGCCCCGGCUGCCCCUGCGCCUCCCACCCAGGGCAGGGGUAGGCCCCGGAAGGGCAAGGCGGCGGCGGCGGCUGCUGCUGCUGCUGCUGCUGCUGCCGCCGCCGCCGCCGCCGCUGCCGCCAACGCUCCGGUGACGCCGUCGGUGACAGGAGGAGGCGGAGGUGGGCCCGGUGGUGGCGGUAGGGAGAUGAUUCCCGCGGCCGCUUGGACUGAUGUCACUGCCUACGAGCAUCAUCAUCAGCAGCAGCAGCAGUUGAAUGCACUUCACCAAAACACGCAGCAGCAGCAGCAGCAGCAGGAGUCGUCCUCGUAUCUCUUGGGAGCUCCCAGCCGGGCGCCGCUGCUGCACCAGCACCUUGUGCAGUACGAGCGGGGGCCUCACAGCGCGCUGAGGAUGAGAGGGGGCGUGGGGGGGCUGUACCCGCCCAGGGGGGGUGUGGACGCGUUACAGACGCACCUCGCCGAAUACCCGCACCAGCAGCAGCAACAGCAGCAGAGUCAACAGCAGCAGCAGCAGCACAUGCACUUGCAGCAGCAGCAGCAGCAUUUUGGACAUGCGGCCAAAAGGGCACGGUCGGAAUUCUACCCCCACGGUGGUGUCGGGGAACAGGGCCCGUGGCUCGGCUCGGGGAUGGCGCCGUCACCUCACCACCCAGCUCACCACCACCCUCCCCAUCACCCUCACCCUCACCACCACCACCAACACCAUCAGCACCAUCAGCAGCCUUCGGCGUACGGCGAGGCUGUGCCGCCCCUUUCUCACUCCGCAUUCCCGGCGCGGUUAAGUCCAUCCGCGUCGGCCCACCAUCAUCCUCACCAUCAGCAGCAGCAGCAGCAGCCUCAACAUCCACACUCUCAGCAGCACCACCACCACCAGCAGCAGCAGCAGCAGCAGGCGGCUGCUGCUGCUGCUGGGCUGGGAUUCGGUUUCCGCAAGCAGAAGGUCGCGAGUGGCACGGCCGGCGCUCACUGUGGCGCCGUCUACCCAACGCUCACCCCUCCGCCUCCUGCACCUCCUCCUCCACCGCCACCUCCUCAACCGCCGGCGUCGGCGGCGGCGUCGGCGGCGUCGUUGCUUCCGGAGCAGCAGGCGCACAACAACAACAACAACAACGGGCUGACCCAGCACGGCUUCCAGGGCCGGCCGUGGCCCCUGCCCAGUGACAUGCUGCCCCGCAAGGGGAAGUUACUCUUGGCCGAAUCGGCCAAAGGCGCAGUGCACGGAGGCGCCGGCGUGGGUAACAACGGCGGCGGCGGCGGCGGCGCUAUCGGUGGUGUUGUGUGCGACUCCAUUCAGCAGCAGCAGCAGCAGCUGUAUGCUCAGCAACAGCAGCAGCAUCAGCAACAGCAGCAGCAUCAACUCCUUGGGGGGUCUGUCUUACCAGCAGGCCUGUCCAACCUCCACUUUGGGCAGCAGCAGCAGCUGGAACAGCAAAUGCAGAGCAGCCGUUGUGGUCAGCUGAGUCUGGAGAGCCUCCGCAUGCAGCAGCAGCAGCAGUUUAUGCCACAGAUGGGGCCGCUGUCGGCGAUGAUGCACAGUGAGAUGUGCAUCCCGAGCAAGAUGAGUCCCAGCCUGUACGCGGCACAUCACCACCACCACCACCAACAACAACAUCAACAACAACAUCAGCAACAUCACCAUCACCACCACCAGCAGCAGCAGCAGCAACAGCAGCAGCAGCAGCUCGAGUUUGCAAUGCUGCGCCGCUCGCCACACUUAAGGAAUAUGCAGCAGCAGCAGCAGGGCGGCGCGUGCUACCCGGGCACGCAGGCCGGCAUGGCGAUGGCCCCGCACGGCUGCAGGGCCGUGCCGCACGCCCAGCCCAUGGGCGGCAAGUUUGGCGGAACGCUCGCCCUGGGGGCGCUGGCGCUCGGGAACGCCGACGGCAAGGACGCCGCGGCCAUCGCCGGCGGCGGCGGCAACGGCGGCAACGGCGGCAACGGCGGCGGCGGCGGCGGCGGCGGAGCGGCAGCGGGCGGGGGAGCGGGUGGAGGUGGUGGAGCGGCAGGCGGAGGCGGAGGAGGUGCAGGUGGAAUGUCGUCGUCUUUCGGGCAGAGCUGCCUGGCCGCUCUGUCCACGGCGUGCCAGAACAUGAUCGCCAGCCUCGGGGCGCCCAGCCUCAACGUCACCUACGGCAAGCGGCAGCAGCAGCAGCAGCAGCAGCAGCAGGCCGGCGGUGCCGGCGGUGCCGGCGGCGGCGGCGGCGGCGGGACGCCGUCGGGCGAAGGGAAAGGCAGAGGAGAGCAGGAAGCCCUUGGCGGUGGCGGAGACUUCGUGCCCCUGUCGUGCGCCGUGGAGACCGAGUCUCCGGCUCACGGCGGCACCGCCACGACCCCGACGGGAGCUCACCAGCAGGAGGGCGCCGGCAACGCUCACACGCCCACUCAGCACGGAGACGCCGGCGGGGGACUCCUCUCCUCGCCGGCUGACCGAGCCCCAGGGACACUUACUGCUGCUGCUGCUGCUGGCGGUGGAGGAGGUGGAGGAGGAGGUGGAGGAGGAGGAGGUGGAGGAGGAGGAGGAGGAGGUGGAGGUGGUGGUGCAAGCGGUGGGAUCGGGACGUCGUCCGGACGAGGAGGAUCUGAGAUCGUGACCACGGGGAGAGGGAGAGGCAGGGGUCGUGGCCGAAGGAAAAACAACAACAACAUCAACAACAUCAUCAGUCACGGAGGAGGCGGCGGCGCUACUGGUACCGUAGCUACAACUUCAAAGGCAGCAGCAGCAGCAGCCACAUCAACAUCCGCAUCACAGAAUUGCAGUCCGGGUCUCAGAAACACUGCGACUCCUCGUGGCGGGGGCGGUAGUGUCGGCGAUUCGUCCGCUUCAACGUCCUCCCAGAUCCCGCAGUCGUCGUCGUCGUCAGCAGCUCCGCCGCCGUCGGCCGCGUCGGCGGCGCCCAGCACGGAGGCCUGCAUCUCGUCACCCGGCGGCGGCUGGGCCUCGGGCCACCCGGACCUGCCGGCGCUGGGGGACAAGCAGACCGACCUGCUGCUGGCGUCCCUCGACAGCGGCAUCCAGAGCCUGUCGCCGCCCAGCGAUGCCUCGCCCCUCCUUGAGUUCUGCCCGGACCCCUGCGCCAUCGACGGCGUCAUCUCCUCCGUGGCGCUGUCGGCGGGGGGGCCGCCGCCGCCGGGUGGAGGCCCUCCCGGCGGCGCUCCUCCUGCUGCUGCCGCCGCUGCUCCCGCCGCCGCCGGUGCUUCCGCCGGACCGUCGUCAUUAUCGGCAUCUUCUUCUGCCCUUCCUCCUCCACCGCCUCCUCUUCCGCCGCAAUCUUCGUCGUCAUCCGCCGGCGGCGUGGGCGGCGGUCCUCCUCACUCGACCGAGAUGGGGAUGACCUCGCCAGGUGAGCAGCAGUCGUCGGGGCAAAUUCGAGUUCAGUCGAAUGACGUUCUUCUACAGCAGCAGCAGCAGCAUCAGCAGCAUCAGCAGCAGCAUCACCAGCAUCAUCAUCAUCAGCAGCAGCUUCUCCAACAUCAGCAUCAACUGCAACAGCAGCAUCAUCAACUCCAUCAUCACCAGCAGCAGCAGCAGCAGCAGGGCAAUCAGAUGUCUCCGAGUGGACAUCACAGAGGAGUGAUGUCUGGACAGAUGGCGAGUGAUCAUCACACGCAGCAGCAGCAGCAGGGACAUCACCUAUCGCUACAGCAGCAGCAGCAGCACACGAGGAGAGUGUACGGGAUGACGACGUCAUCAGCGUCGUCCGUGAUGGAGACCUCAGCCCCGUCAGACCACCACCUGCAGCCUCCUCAAGACGGAGCAAUGUCCUCGUCGUCAAACUCCUCGUCCUCCACCUCCUCCUCCUCGUCGUCCUCCUCGUCUUGUCCCUCGUCCUCGUCGUCCACGCCCGGAGUCGGCGGGGGAGGCGGUGGCGGCGGCUCGCCGUGGUUCGUCCACGCGGCUGACAAGGGCUCGCUGGCCACCUCGGGGGGCCUGGGUUGGCACCCGGUGCCCGGGAUGCACUGCGGAGGAUUUGGAAGUCAAGGGAGUUCGGCCGACGGGCUGGUGGACGAGGGGAUGACGUCACUGCGCAACGGCCUGAGGAGUCUGGCCGAGAUCCCCGGUCGCCUCUGAAUUCGACGGCGCUCCCCAAGUUGGAGUCCCUCCACGCCAGGAUGACUUCGGCCAACGCCACGCCGCGGCCUGCGGGACUACCUGCCGGGCCUUCGACCCUCCUCAGGCCUGCAGUACCUCCACGGCACUUUGGGCUCUUUGAACCUUUUUUGUGAGGCCUUCAACUAGGGCCUACUGCUAGGCCUUCCAGUAGGCAAGGUCUUCUGUGGACCUUCAUAAAGCCCUCGCUUGGGAUUUAAAUGGACCGUCGCGGGACCUUCCAUAGGCCUUCCAAGAGACCUUCAUGAGACCUUGUUAGGGCCUUUUCUAGACCUUAAACAUCGACCUUCACACCUGCAAUAGGCCAUCCACAUUCAUUCAAGAGGCUUUUUAAAAACACUCGCUUGGGCCUUCAACGGACCUGUACAAACGUUGCUUAGGCCUUCAUGGGCCUUCUCUGAGCCUAAUGCGGGCCUGCGGGAGGCCUUCACAAUGCCCAUAUUGUGUUUGGAAAUGAGAAUCUGCAGUGAAAACUGUUUUUCAUCGUCGUUUUACGAUCGUACGUUUUGCUUUUUUCCGAAGCACAUUUUUGUUGAAGGUACGAAGAAUAAUAAAUUGCACCUGGCGUCCCCUGAUGAUAGAAGAUGCGACAACGACGGCGACGACGGUCCUGCUACCUCUUAAUUUCAAAGUUCGAAAUAAUUAAAGAUGUCGAAUGCAGCGAAGGAACGGAGGAACAACGGCACGGGGCGGCUUUGCGCUCCGCUACACAGCGCGGCACCGUAGGCGACCGAGAGCGUGGGCUGUGGGGCGACGGUGGAUGCGCUGGGACUCGGCCACGUUCUCACGUCCGCUCUAGUCCCAGGCCUCGUGCAGUCGGUGGCGAGGGGGGUGGCGUGGGGGGGGGGGGUUAACGAUGCAAUCUCAAAUCACGAUAAAAUAAAUCCAACUUUAAAAGUAUAUUUUUUGAAAACCGCCCCCUCCGUGUAAGCGUUCGAAAACCCGGUUGGCAGGUUUGCGAGGCAUGGCGUUCGUUCGUACGGCUGUCUAACCCCAUGGCCGGGUUUACUAUGACGACAUAUUUGAUACUGUCGGCAACCCACAGCGGUGAUCGGUAAAGUUUGCAAAACCGCCUCCUCCUGCUCGGGCGAAACUCGCUGAAAACGAACGCAGAUUAACAAUGCUGCUGCUGCUGCCGUUCAGCCGGACACGGACAGAAGGGAGUAGGAGCAGCGACGGUGACGUCACUUUGACUCCACCCGAUACGUCCCUGGAGGGCGUGGGGACACUCCACCGACGGGAGGGUGCGAGGGCGUGUUGGCGUUUGAACGCCCCCCCCACCCCGCCACCCGUCAUCGUCGAUGCGUCAACGAUCAUCGCUUGUGGUUGCAUUGAGGGCAGACGGUCAAGCAUCACGCCACGCGAUUACAGAGCCCCGGCCGCCGAAGUGGGAAUAGCGACGAGUUCUACACCUGGCCAGGGAUCAACUCGUCCCACCGCCGUCGGCAGCGGCGGUCCUGUGUUUGUAACUGGCGCCUGCCCUAGGGAACGUGGAGUUUCCACCGUUGGCUCAGGGCGGUUUGACGGGGAGGAGUGUCACACCGCACUCGUCGGAACGCUUUUGACUUUUGAUCCGGGUUUAAAGGAAAUGGAGUUUUUAGUUGUUGUUGCUGAGAUGGAACGGUCGAUAAGUUGGUCGCCUAUCGGUACUUUUAAUGCGUACGAUCACAGACUAGAGUGAGUCUUCUGUUUCGUUGAAUGGAGUGCGUGCGGUUUAACAGAUGAUGAUUAUUAUACCUCAGUGGGAAGGGGAAUUGUGCGUCACGUGCUGUUUAUCACCCCUCCCCCAGGCGCGCGCGUUGCGAGCGCGCCACCAAACGCAAAGUCACGAAACAAAAGCAAGCAAGCGUUCAACUGGACAAAACAAGCGACACAAACAAGAUUUUGUUGCGUUUUGGCCCCAGCGGAUUUAAGGCGGGUGACUUCCACGAGUCGCUGUCAAGUGAUUAUUUUUGUUAAAUGGCGGCGGCGCCCCGUCAAGACGGCACCACCACGUUAAUCUCGCCCGAUUCGACGACGGCAUUGCCACCGCCCUAGCCGCCUCUCACUUGUGAACGGCAGCCGCCCGCGUGAACUUGUGUUGAAUGGCGACGUCACGUGACUUUAAAGUGGCUCCACCAUGUGACCUAUUACCCCCUGCCCUCACCCCCACACCCCCAGCACGUUAUUUGUUUUUGUUGAAUUCCCUUCUCGACUGCAAAACCCACGUAGUCUAAGCAGCUCGUGUGGAUGGUGUCACGUGACCUCUCCCUGCUGCUGCCCCCCCCCUGCCCCACGUGACUGCUCCCGUGUGCGGCGUCGUAGCCCGCGUGGCACGCGCGAGGGACCGUUACCGUGGAGACGGAUUUGAAGCAAGGAGCCACGUGACGGCGAUCGCUUUGUGACGACGCCCCCCACACCGCCCACCCCCUCCCCCACCCUCGCGCUGACGCCAUUUUGUUUUGCGAUCGCAACGUUGGGUUUUUACCGAGAGAAAAGAGUGUUUCGUUUGAUAUUAUCACUUAGAAUAUACGGUUUUUAAUGAACUUUUUAAAAUGAUUACUUCUUUCGUUUUUGAGUUUUUACCUUUCAACAAAAAUAUAUAUAUAACUUUUGACCUGUGCGGCGGCGCACGGGAAAAUGCAGUAAAAAUGGCUCGGAACAUUUACCUUUUAAAAAUGGCAGGCGAAGAAUAUCGAUUACAAUUUUUUGUUGUGCGCCAGAGGGGGGUGACGGGGGGAGGGUGCCGGGGGGGGGGUUGCAGGGUGGACAAAAAAAAUCGGCGCUAAAAGUCCGCUCGCUCUUUGUUACUUUCUACUUUGGGAGAAGAGACGGACGUUUUAAAGGGAAAAUAAAAACACGCUCAAUGAAGGGAUUAAAUGUUGUAUAUUAGUAUAAACACAAUCGCAAAAAGGAAAAAAAAACACGUUCGAGAACUGUUUUAAAAGUACACAAAAAAUUACAACAUUAAUAAUGUACAGUAUCUGACCGCGAAGAUGAGGCCGCACGCGCGGGAAUCCGUUUCCUUUUUUACAGACUUUAAUUCAAUCGAUGUGCAAAUGCGUUGUGUGUGUGCGCGCGAGUGUACACAGGAUAACAACACAGUGCAUCUAACACAGAAUAACACGGUGUACAUUGGCCGCGGCCUCGGUGUACAUAACGGACGGAGCUGCCCGCAAAAUUAUUUUUUCUAUUUUUCUUUAUUGUUAUCGUUGUUGUUAUUAUUAUUAAUAAUAAUUUUGCUGUGUAAACGAGGACGUCGUCAAGGUAAUGACACGUCGGGGGAUGGGGGGGGGGGUACAAACCCCACAUGGUCUGUGUGUUCCGUGUUACUUUUCCUUCAGUCAACUUCAUCAGAAAUGUUGCAAACGAGAGGAGGAGGGGGGGAACCCAUCUGGUCCAUCUGGCAAUUUUCCGUGUUCAUUUUCGACAUUGUGAGAAAAUUUGGAAACCCAAAAUUUGGAAAACGUCAAGGGAGAAUCUCGCCAACGUCCGCCGUGAACCGGGACGGGCACCGUAGGAGUAUUAUCUAUCAAUAUGUUUGUGUUACCGUCACACUACGCCCCUCCCCCUACCCGCCAGUAUUAAUCGGAGGUGGCCGCUUGAAUUCGAACCGCAAAAACGUCCGCAGCAAGUGUAGCGGGCAGCUGGGCUACAGCUGGGUACAGGUUACCACCACGUUGGGGGGGGGGGGGGCACGAUGGGAAGAGGAGGUGGUGCGAGAUGAACUGAGCUGCGUGUGAGAGUGUUGUUGGCAGGAGACGCAGUGGGAGAGAAGUGGGAAGAUUGCGAGUCACGUGGAUGGUGGAGAGGCAGGAGGUAGCGGUUUGGGUGGUGGAUGGAGACUUUAUAACAAACAAAAAAAUGUUGGGAGAAGCGGGGAUACCCAUUAAACGUGGAAAGUUGUUUCCAACGUCGGUUCAACGUUGGCUCGGCAAGUGCGGAAUGUUUAUUGGGUACAAGUAAGUUUCAGAUAUCCCUCGAAUUACCAAAUGGGUGCGGUUCUUCAAUAAACAGACGGCUUCAGACGACGCGUGGCGUGCAUCGGAAAUGGAUUUCCCCAUGAAUUUAAGACUCAAAUAAAUAUGGAUGCGUUUGG